AUGUCUACUGAUGAUGAUCAAUGCGCAGGGCAAUGGGGUCCUAGAUCCGAACCAACUCUAGAUCCAAACCGUCAAUGGGCAGCAGUCCGUAGACGUUACGAAUGGCACGAAUCAUAUAAUGAAACUAUAGCUCCUAAAGAUGAGGAGUUGGAAAAGGAGCUUUUUGAUGAAGAAAAUCAUAUUCAUACUGGUAUUAAUUUUUCAAAAUAUGACAAGAUUAAGGUGACAGUCAGUAAUCCGACCGUUAAACCUAUUAGCACGUUUGAAGAAGCAAAACUUCAUCAAGCGAUGAAGGAAAAUGUUCAAUUGGCUAGAUACACUAUGCCAACUCCAGUUCAGAAAUAUUCUAUUCCAAUAAUUACUAAUGGAAUGGAUCUAAUGGCUUGUGCACAAACUGGUUCUGGUAAAACCGCUGCAUUUCUGAUUCCAGUAUUAUCACAAGUAUUUGCAACUAAAAAACCCCCCAGAGAAAUUGGAAAUUCACGUAGAUUUAAAGCUGAACCUUUAGUACUAAUAAUGGCACCUACACGUGAAUUGGCCACACAAAUAUUUGAUGAGUGUCGUCGGUUUACUUAUAGGAGUAUGAUGAGGCCUUGUGUAGUUUAUGGGGGUGCAGAUGCUUUAUCUCAAAAAACUGAAGUUUCUAAAGGUUGUGAUAUAUUAACCGCCACGCCUGGUAGAUUAAAGGAUUUUAUGGAACGUGGUGUUUUGAGUCUUCGUAAAGUUAGGUAUCUUGUACUUGAUGAGGCUGAUCGUAUGUUGGAUAUGGGUUUUGAAGCAGACAUUCCCACUUUUCCAACAAAUAUUCGAACCCUUGCUCGUGAUUUCUUGAAAGAAGAUCACAUAUUCCUCACAGUUGGUCGUGUUGGUGGUACAACAAGUGAUAUCACUCAAAAGAUAAUGUAUGUCGAAGAAAACGAUAAACGUACAGCACUUGUUGAACUACUUUUAAAACAGCCACCAUCUCGUACUUUGAUUUUUGUUGAAACAAAACGUGGUGCAGAUUCACUUGAUGAUUUCUUAUAUCAUCAAAAUUUUCCUACUACUAGUAUUCAUGGAGAUAGAUCACAACGUGAAAGAGAAGAUGCAUUAAUAGCAUUCAAAAAUGGUCGAUCACCCAUUUUAAUUGCUACAGCUGUUGCAGCUCGUGGUCUUGAUAUAAAAAAUGUAAUGCAUGUCGUAAAUUAUGAUUUAUGUAAUGACAUUGAUGAAUAUGUUCACCGAAUUGGAAGAACGGCUCGAGUUGGUAAUGAGGGAUUGGCAACAACUUUUUAUAAUGAAAAAAGAUCUGAACUUGCCGGUGAUUUAGUUAAAUUAUUGUUGGAAUGUAAACAAGAGAUUCCCAGUUUUCUACAACCAUAUUCGCACAUUAAUAUCAAUCCUGACAAGAAUACAAAUGGUGGUAGUGGGGGCUACAGGAAUCAAAAUAACAGAUACAGCAAUAAUGAUUCAUCAGGAGAUUGGGAGGCUCAACGAAAUACCGCAUCAUCAAGUGAUAAUAACAGUAGCAGUACAUGGGACAAUCCACAAAUCACACAAGACAAAAUAAAGCCAAUGUGGGAUUCUAAUGCCAAUGAUACAUCAACAACUGUAACUGAAUCCCCUUGGGAUACAUCAACAACAGUAACUGAAUCCUCUUGGGAUCCAAAUUCUACUCCAUGGUAA